AUGAGCGGCCCUGGAAACAACGCGACACGUGCGGCGGCCCCGGCUGGACCGAAGCCGCUCUUUGGCGUUGAGAUUGAGGUUUAUGUUCGGCUUCUCCCGGCCGCGGAGGCUCGGGUGGACCGCAUGGGCAACGAAGAUGCUUUCAAUACUCCGGAUUACUGGCUGGACUGGGAUACUACCUUUGACAACGACACGCGCGAUCAUCGGAGACUCGAAGCACAGAGGUUCCGCACUUGCAAAGCGAUCAAGGGAAUCAUCGACGCAACCUUGGGGCCGAGGAAUGGGUGGAAGUGCGAAUCGGAUGCGAGCUUAAGGGAAUGGGAGCUUCGAGACCCCCCCCAUGCCCGGAAGUGGUAUGGUGUCGAGAUCAUCUCACCGCCAAUGUCGGUGGGGAAGAGGUGGCAGUCGGAAAUUCAAAACGUUUUCACGGCCCUCGGCGAGUACUUUGACUUUUGGACAAACAAGUGCUGUUCGUGCCACGUCCAUGUCUCGCCAGGGCCGACCAGGGAUAACUCUUAUUCCCUCCCGCAGCUUGUGAAGCGGGCCAAGGCUGCGUACUUUUGGGAGUCUGCGCUCUUUCAACUGAUGCCCGGUGAGCGCCGGAUGAAUCGGUACGCGUACCCUAACCACCAUUAUGUGCUCCGCGCGGAAUACGCGUCCACCUUCCGAAAUGGCUGGGACGGUGUGUUUUCUGGCCUUGAGGGUAUGGCGACCAGCGGUAAGGAUGCCUUUGUAUACCACAUGAAAAAUGGGUCCAACCCGACCCGGUACAUGUCUACCAACUUCGACCCCGUCAACAAGUACGGCACCGUCGAGCUCCGUCGUCAAGCCGGUGCCGCCUCGCCUCAGACUGUGAUCCGCCGCGUGUUGCUCGCCCUCACCCUCCACAUCAGCGCGAUGCGGUACGACUUCGAUGGGGUUAGGAACCGACGGACCCGUCCCGACGGCGAAGAGCUCAUCAAGGAACUCGCCGGCUGCAUCAAGAAGCUCCCCAAGACGUGCCACGGCUCGCGCUUCGUUGGCUGGCUCAAGUGGUGCCGAGAGUCGUACAACACGGAAGAUGAGAUGGAUACGGACAACGUCUUCUCGGAGAAGGAGAUCAACCAGCAGGAAAGGAAGAUGCGCCGAGGCGAUGACGUGGUCCCCCUCGCCCCCGGUGAGGCAGCACCACGGCGCCGGGCUGCCCCGUCUCACCAGACCACCCUUCCUGAACGCCCCGCCGGUUCCCGCCCGCCGCGGAACACCAACAGCAACACGACUGGUAAUAGUACUGGCAACGGUGCCUCACGCGCGACGGCGGGCACGGCGGGCACGGCUCGGCCGACUAACUCGUCCACCACUCGCCCUGCUGCGUCGUCUUCUACCACUCGUCCAUCUGCCUCUCGUACCAAUAAUACGUCCACUUCCAACAACACCGCCAAUGCUUCUGCCUCCCGCACUAGCAACGGUGCAGGCCGGGGUCAGGGCCAGGAGCAAGGUCCUCGUCCCCUGCAACGCCAACGGACGGAGCGUGCGAGGGCCGAUGAGACCACGACUCGCCGUGUCCAGUCGUGA